AUGGGUGAAAAUGUCAUGCAAGAAGGUUAUAAUAUGGGUGAAAGUGUGGUUCAACAAGUUCCAGUUGUAGAAGUUCCUACUAUUGUAGAAGAAGGAGGUACUAGUCAUACAAUUGUGAUGCAAGGUAGUGACACUUUUGGGCAAGUAGGAUCCAGUAUUGGUUGGAAACUUAAAUCAAUAAAUGAUGAAAUUGAACAAGGUAUUGAUGCAAUUUUACAAUGGGGUAACUUCACAAACUCUAGUCCACUUAAGGAUGAUAAUGUGGUGGACGAUAACAAGGUAAUUGAGUUUAUUGAGGGCAAACAUGAGGCUAUUCUCCCAGAGAAUAUACAAUUAGGGCUUUUAGACAUUGCUAAUAUGCUAGAAGCUGGUUAUAGCAUGAUAGAAAUAGAAGCUAUACCAGGGGUACAAGUGGAAUUGGAUGAUUCCCCACCAGUUGAACUGGAUGUAAAUGAUUUCAUUGAUGGUCAUCACUCUGAUGAUGGUGUUGGUUUGGAUGAUAGAUAUAAAGGUGUUGGAGAUGAAGCUAUUGGUGAUGGUGCUGGACCUGAAGGUGAUGGUGAUGGACCUGGAGAUGAAGAUAUUGGUGAUAGUGAUGAAGAAGGUCAUGGUCUUGGAGAUGUUGAUGAUGGUGAUGGACCUGAAGGUGGUGUUGAGGAAUUGGUAACGAUGAGGGAAAUCAGGGUGAUGAUGGAGGACAUGAGGAAAUCUUCGAGAUUAAAGCUCUUCAACCUACGUUUGGUUUCUCGAACUAUUCUUGGUGUUCAAUCUCAAGAACAAUCUCAGGUUUUACCUUGUGGUCAAAGCUGUAAUUUUGCAGCUUAA